UAAUUUGAGUCUAUGAUACAACAUUUGCUUUUGAUGUUGUGUACUGCUAACAGAUGCCGCUAGAGGAGGUGUGAAAAAAGGCUUUUGUUCAGGGUACUUUUAGGCUGGGUCACGGCUUGGUAAAGCCAGCUCUCAUUGGAGUUGGACUACCCUAUGGCAUCCCAGGCUGGUAUGCAAAAUUAAAACUAUUCAACAAACCUUAAUUACAACAUGCUGACUGCUGUUAAUUGGCUUUUGUGUAUACUGUAGAAAUAAAUGAAGCUUUUUUAAAAAGGCAGACCUUAAAGUGGAUCUGUAGGAAUUCUUAAUUUAAAACUGCCCUAUGGAAGUUGCUAUCCCAGAACAUUGUGGAGGCAAAUAAAUAGCUCUGUAGGAUUCAGAACCAGAGCAUAGCUAUACAUGACCUAGCUAGGAAGAAAUGGCUCCCCACAGCAUCCUAGAAGUGGAAAAGACCUGCUGUAUCAUUCACUCCAUUCCUCCCAGCCAUGGCAGAGAGGCUGGUUUUCUGUGGGAGACUGUUAGACAGCCUGUUAGAUUCAUGGUUAGUUUUCUUUUUCUUUAAGCCGAGUUUUUAUUUUAAAUUUUAAUGCCAGUAGUUUUAAUGAAUACCCUAAAGAAUUCCCUCCUGGUGUGUCUCCCUCCCUAAUGCCUGGGUCUUGUGGAUUGUUAUCCUGUCUUUUUUUAUUCUUGCAUAACUCAUAGCAAGCCUACUUCAUUUUCAGUCUCUUCUCAUAAGAUCCAGAUUCUCUAACUUUUUUCGCCAGUAGUUUUACUAGUGCCUGAAUUCCUAGUAACUUCCCCAGGUGGGGCCAUGUAUGUAAUAGUAUGGGUAUAUAUGUAUGUAGCUGCCUUCAUCUGUGGUUCCUCUAUGCUGCCAAAAUGUGUGUUGGAGGAGGCUUUCUUUGCUGUCUUACCAUACUACAAAUCUGUUGUUCCUGAAUCUCUUUCAGUAUUUCUGCUUCCCCAGCUUUUCUUACUUCAAGAUCUUUGUGGGCUCACUUACCCAGAUUCACUGACAUGCAUUUUCCUAAGCUGGCUCUAUCUUCUCACUGUUUCUUACCUCUCCAUGUACCUGUUUCUAUGUACUUACUAGUUCUCACAGUUCCUAUCAGUUUAGUGCCCAUAGCAAAUGUCAUUAAGACAUUACUACCUGUCUUGUUCAGCAGUGAUCUAGAACAAUCUUGUCACUGCACUCCAUGGUUCCUCAAUUCAUCAUUUUCCAUGCAGUUUUCUGAGUCAUUAAUAUUAGCUUACAGUCUUUACAGGUUUACAUGUAACAUCUGCAGUUAGUCUAGCUGUAAAGUUAUUUCCCCAGUAAUAUAGCUUACUUGGUGGGAAUCGAAUUACUGAAGAUACUAAUUUCCCUGUAACAUCUAAAAUUGGACACUGGAUAUCAGGGUACUGGACUAAUCAGGAUAGUGGCGUGUUCUGAGAUAAUUAUUUUAUUUCAAAAGAAAAGUUGCAGAAAAUCCUGCUGCUUCCAAUGAGAAGAGCACUGUUCCUCCCACAACUUCCCCUGCUGGUUUUGGAGAUGUAGGGAGAAGCCAAUUGUCAUGCAAAGUAAGGGGCUUCCUUUUUCAGGGCCAGGUUGGCAUCUGUGGUGAUGAGAGUUUUCAGAUCUUCAUAAACCAUGCAGACAUGCUUGUGGGUCCAGCCUACUCUCCCCCAUCAGAGCUGAGCCUUUCAGAGAAAGUUCAGAAUUUGUGGUUAUUUGUGGGAUUGUUCAUAGCUCAGGAACGUCACUUAGUUUGUGCACCUCUAAUUUGUCUCUUCCCUACCCCUUCCUGCAGUAUUCUGAAGCAUUGUAAAGAUGUGGAGCUUUCCUUCAGCGAUGUGUCUGACAAGUCUGAUCUGUUCAGAGGCACCAAAAAAGGAAUGCUGUACCUUACUCCCUACAGGAUGAUCUUUGUGUCAAAGGGCAAGGACCCCAUGCUGUCCUUCAUGAUGCCAUUCUACUUGGUAAAAGGGUGCUCCAUUGAGCAGCCUGUCUUCUCUGCCAACUUCAUCAAAGGAGUGAUCCAGGCUGAGGCAGGAGGUGGCUGGGAAGGGCAAGCUUCAUUUAAACUGACCUUCAACAGUGGAGGAGCCAUUGAGUUUGGGCAAAUGAUGUUCAAAGUUGCCACAAAUGCUUCCAGAGGGGCUCCUGUUCAGAAUCCUAGCUAUGGCUAUAUGCCAGCCUAUGGAGGCUAUUCGCCUGCUCCCAGCAGCUAUUCACCUGCCCCAGGCAGUUAUUCACUGGCCCCAGGCGGCUACGCACCUCCACCAGCUAAUGGACCAUAUCCUUAUGUGCCUCCACCAAUGAAUGGAUAUGGACCUGUUUCACAACCAAUGGGCUACCCAUAUCCACCACCUGCAGGGAUGAACCCUGUGUAUAUGCCGCCACCUCCACCAUAUACUGGGCCUUCUCCUGCAGGACCAUCAGCCCCCUCAGCCCCUGCAGCCUGGGUGGAACCUGGAAUGUCAGGUGACAGUAAAGCAGCGGAAGCGGCUUCGAGUGCAUAUUAUAACCCAGCCAACCCCCACAAUGUUUACAUGCCUAUGGACCCACCACCUCCUUACGCUCCUCCCGAGGAGAAAAAGAACAACUAACAGAAGGCACCCAGCAAGCAACCUCCCACGAUCUUCCUCCAUGAAGACUUUUUUGUCAUCACCACCACCCCCUCAAUUUAGUGCAUCUCUAGUUCGUGUGUACAUUACAUACCUAGUACUGAGUGGCAUAAACACCCACCCUCCUUAAACAUGCAGUAUGGCAAUACAAAGCAGAGCAGCAGUACUUUCUGCCUGUUGGCUCUAUACUCCAGGUCUGAACAGAGUCCUUUUUAGGAUAGCUUCUGUUCUCUUGCUUGAGAGGAGAGACACAUUCUUCUCGACGCAUUUCUUAGACCAACAGACAGAGCACCUACCUAAUUUUAGGAAUAAAGUAUUAAGGCUUUCUGACUGAAGUGGAAACAGCUUGAGGCAGAAGCUGCUGAACACUCUCUGAGGCAGCAUUUGGAGGGAGCUUGCUGCCAUGUUCCCCCACAGCAGUCUAUGCCUGGAACCUGUUGCAGUCUGGCACGGAAGAUGAGACUGUGGAAGUGAUGGGAUAUGCUAAAGGCCUAUAUUCAUUGCCUUCCUGGUUCUGUUGAAGUGAUGCAACUUUUAAUGCAGGAAAUGUCUCCUGAGAGACUUGGCUAGUUCAGAAAUAUUUAGUAGUGUAUGUGCCAGAGGGGAUGAGCGUUGUAGCACAGAGGCAGGCCUAACAGCUAUGCAGCAGUGAAGACUGUGAACAGGCUUUGAGUAAAUCAGCCUAAUUAUAUAAAUCCCUAAGGGUGAAAGAGGCAAACAGCAGUGCAAUUGUAUCUCUGCCAGUAAAAUCCUCUGUGCAUGGGUCUCUCUUCCCAGUCAACCCCCCCCCCCCAUCACAAAAUAGGUGGUUGAGGGACAUACUGAGGUUCUCUACUCACUGGGGCAUGUAGAGAACCAGUGGUGCCUACCACCCUUCCUUUACUUUUCCUUUAUUGAGAGCAUGCUCUUGUGUAUGGAAGAUAUGUCCUUGAAGAUGUGGCAACGUAUGCUAGCUUGGUGGUGUGGCCGUCUGAUGCUGGUGAUAGACAAGACAAUGGAGGGAUCUUGGGGUCUGAACUGGAAAUGGGCAAAGGCUUUAUAAAGCCCACCUGCCUUUGUAAAUAAAGUAAAAACAACUAAUGGGGUUGGGUAGAGGUGACUGGAAUUUGGGCUGCACAUAGCACAAGCGUGGUGGCAGUGGGAAUGAAUCCAAGUCUUAGAGGCCCCCAGAAAUUGGCUCCACCUCUAUGCACUGAUGCUAUGUUUGGCAACAACCUGCAUUACCAUCAGAGGGAACAAGCUCUAGUUAAGGGGGGUGGGCACUUUGUUUCACCCCAAGCAUGCUAGCUGAGUGAGACUUAGACUGUGGAGGACAGACUAGUUCACUUCACUGUGCUCCUCUUGCAUUCACCCCUUGGCUCAAGUUAUAUCUGCAUCCUAGCAGUGGUGGGGUGUGACACUGGAGUUCCACUGCACAGGGUUCGUUCUGCUUCCUAAAUGGAGCUGGUAUCUUCAUGCUUGCCCCUGGUAUUGCAGCAUCCUUUCAAUAAGCAGAUUAUUUUUUUUUGUGAUAUGGCUGUAAUGCCCUCCCUUCUGUUACCAAAAAUAUAAUGACACAGCUAUGUCUUUCUCUGCUCCCCUGGAGCCUUUUUGACCUUGCUCCAAGGGGUAUAUCUCACUUGUCUAAUAGAGAACCAUGUGAUUCCUUGUGGGGUCUGCUCACCCUUUUUCCCUUCAACAGUGAGUAAGGAAUAUUUUCCUACCCCCUUUUCUCCCUGUGUAGCAGGGCUACUUUACAAGGCUUCCAAUGUUACAUAGAUUUCUUGACAGCCCUGUGCAAAGGACUGACUUUCCUUUUCCUAAGAGACCUUUUUAAUCGGAGUCUGAAAUGCUGUAAUCACUUUCUAGAACUAAGUGUUUAGCUAUGAAUGUUUGUAACUUUUGCAUUGCACUUUAAUACAGAAGCAUUUAAUCUUUA